AUGCGCGAAGCAGCCGGUUUGCAUUUUAGAUCUGGGAAUCAACGAGUGAAGAAGCCAGUUGUUCUGAGCGAUCCUGAAACAGGGAAGAAAGAGCUCGGUAUAGAGUUGGGUGAACAAAUAACGCUCUCGAGAGAAAGCAGCAAGACGCUGACUGGCUUGAGAUCUCAGCAAUCUGAACCUGUGAAUACAGAUCUCCUUACGUUAGAUAAUGCUCUUAUCAAUGUGAGCGAAGAUGACGGGGAUACGGCAAAGAAAUCGUGGGGCAGUAUGUUGCCCAUCCAUCAACUCUUCGAGGAGAGAUUUUCUUCCUUCCUAACAUAUUCCCACAAGAUAGUUAAAGCCAGCUGA